CUCUCCAGCUGCCAGCCGCGGGUAGCUGUUUGCCCCCAGCCGCCAGCCCAUGGAUCGAGAGCGUCGACUGUCGCGGUUGACGGCCAAACUGCUGCGUCGGUCUUCCUGGUCUUCCGCAAACUUUGUCGUGCCCAACUCUCCCAGCCCUAGCACCACCACCAGCACAACCUCCACAACCUCCACCAGCACCGCCAGCACCGCCAGCACAACCACCCCAACGGCCACCAGCAAUCUCGUCAAUCCCAAUCCCAAUCCCAAUCCCAAUGCCCAUCCUGCUGCCGGUGCUUCGCCUGCCUCUGUACCUGCCGAGCACGACCACCACUACCAAGUCCACCACCCUGACCAAGACGGCGACCACCACCACCACCGCCGCCAACCCCAGCUCCACCUCCACCCCCUCCCUCAUCCUCGCUCCGCCGUAAAUUCCCGCUUCUCCGCCUCCUCGUCGCCCAUCAGCCCAACAGAUGACAGCUCCGACCUGCUCUCCCCGUUAGCGGCGAGGAGACUGCAGCCUGGGGAUCAAGCAGCCCCAACCAAUUCAACCCAACCAGAUCAGCAGCAGCAGCAGCAGCAGCAGCACCCGUUACCCACGGAGCCUAGAGACAACGAUGAGGAGAUAGCUGAGCACGUCGACCAAUUCCCGGCUGUCAGUUUCCAAUCUUCCACUGCCGCAGAAGGAGGCUUCGACGCAGAAUCCUCUGCCCGCUCCUCCUCAAGCAGCUCGCGUGCUCUGGACCCAAAAGAAGACCGCUUACUACAUCGUCCUUUGGAAGCAUAUUCCCUCUCCAGAGCCUUCUCAAAGGACAAGGGCUCCUCCCCCUUCCGCUCUUCUCGUCAGGCCCACCCUCGCUCCUCCGUAACAUCCGCCUCAUCUCUGAACUUUGUUGAUGAGUCUCGCCGUUCCAAUACCCCGUUAUCCACUGCAGGUACAUCUAUCAAACUCACCCCUACUUCCGUCAAACCGGUUGCCCGGCCAAGCAUUGCCGUCCGCCGUCAAUCCCUGGUCCCCUCGUCCCAGCAGCGACUAAUAAACACCCUCCUCGAACCGUCUCCAUCGGCCGGUGGGGAUUAUUUCUCCAGCGGCCUCCCUUCCAUUCACCGAGACAUGAUCAAUCGGAAGAUAUGGGUUAAGCGGCCCAAUUCCUCCCCGACAUUGGUAGCGGUCACAGAGGAGGAUCUGGUCGAUGACCUGCGUGAUGUCAUCUUGAAGAAAUACAGCAAUUCCCUUGGCCGCACCUUCGACUCUCCGGAUAUCAUUAUCAAACUGCUUCCGCGGGAACCUUCGAGUAGACAGAGCUCCCAUGAACGAGUCCUUGGCCCGGAGGAACCCGUGGGCCGCACAUUGGAUACUUUUUACCCAGGUGGACAAACUGUGGACGAAGCACUGAUCAUUGAAAUUCCUCAACGACGCACUCCAAAACCUUCACCCCGACAACAUAACCUUGGCUACUGCCACUCAGAUGAUCUGCAUCCAGGAGAAUCGGGAGAGUAUUUCCCUCCAAUGGCAAUGAUUCCUCCAUCCAAUGUUUCUGGAUCCGCUUCCAAUGCCAGCGCAGCUAGCUCCCAUCACGCCCCCCCCGUGCAUUCCAUGUCUGUAAUUACAACCGGACAACUCCCUCCAGUUCCUUCACCAGGGAGUCGUGGCUCCUGGCACCAGCAUCAACUUCAAUCUCGCCCCAAGUACGGCCGCCAACCUACUGCUUCGCCUACCGUCGUGUCUACGUCCCCGAAUCAAAACUUGGCCGAUACUACCACUGCGCCAAUAAAUGCAAUGUCCCCUAUUCCUCCACCUCCAUCCACGUCAACCCCUCCCGCUCCCUCACCCGAACAACCACAGAAAGAUGCUACAUCUCCACCAGCUCGCACGUCUUCCCCUCGCCCAGCCCCAAAAUUACGGAAGGUCAAAAACCGCGGCACCAAUGGCUCCCUUCCCACGAGCCUGCUAGACGGAACCGUGCCUCCUAUCAAUGUCUUAAUCGUGGAGGAUAACAUUAUCAACCUCAGGCUUCUCGAAGCAUUCAUGAAACGCCUCAAAGUGCGGUGGUCUACCGCAAUGAAUGGUCGGGAAGCUGUCAACAAAUGGCGAGCCGGCGGGUUCCAUCUAGUCCUAAUGGAUAUUCAGCUCCCAGUCCUAAGCGGCCUUGAAGCUACCAAGGAAAUCCGACGAUAUGAACGACUCAAUAACAUCGGAGUUUUCUCGAGGACUGUUUCGGGCCCGGCAGUAAAGGGCUCAUCGUCUUCCUCGUCACCGAGCUCACCGGUUGAGGGUAGACAUAGCCGAUGCCCGGAAACCCUCAGGCCCGAGGAUAAGCUGGAGAACCCAGAAGCGUUUAACAGUCCUGUUAUCAUCGUUGCGUUGACGGCUAGCAGUUUGCAGAGUGAUCGAAAUGAGGCUCUAGCUGCGGGAUGCAAUGAUUUCUUGACCAAGCCCGUGAAUAUGGUGUGGCUAGAACAAAAAGUAACCGAGUGGGGAUGCAUGCAAGCCCUAAUUGAUUUCGAGGGAUGGAGAAAAUGGAGAAAAUUCGACGAGCAGCAAAACCCAGAAGUUCUAGUGUCUACUACUACGACGACAACAACUACAACAACGAUCCCUGAACCCACCGGUGAAUCCGCUCCUCUCCAACACAAGAAGUCCCACCAGAAUAUCCAUGUAAGCUCCAACGGCGGGAACGGCGGGAGUGUAAAGACCGUGAGCAGCAGCCUUCACAACAACCAUACUACCAUCGACGAUCAUAAUGCUCAUAAAACCACCAACGAAGCCUCAACUAGCCAAGACAGCAGCACCCCGGUAAUCUCUGCCAAUCCCAUCAAACAAGUACCAGCAUCUACUCCUGCGAAAGAGCCUAGCUCCAAUGCCUCCUCAUCAGCAGCAGCAGCAGCGAUAACUGGCGUCGCAAAUGGUUCUUCAAAGCUGGACGCGACGAGUCCUGGUGCAAGAAGUAGCACAAGCACGCAUUCCUCAGGUACCAAGCGGACGAAUCGGAAUAGUGGCGGUGGUGUGUCGCCCAGGAUACCGAAAGUAUAACGAAUAUGGAAAUUUUUAUAUACGAUAUGAUUUGGCGUGUUUUGUUUUUGCAACAGAGAGAGGAUAUGGGGGGAAGGGGAUAGAAGAGAGAUUUUAAUUCAGUUUCCCGUCUUGCUUUUGUUCACUUAGUGUGUUUUAAUUUCCUGAUUUCCCUUUUUUCUCUUGUCUCGUUUCCUUUUCUUUCUUCUUUAUUGUGUUUUCUUCAGGAGAGACUCUGACUUCCCCAGUCCCUUUUCUCAAAAUCAUGUUUUCUUUUCUCCUUCCCCUUUCCUUUCCCCGUCUCUCAUUUUGAUUAAUUUAAGGUGCCAUGCUUUGGUGUUGGGAGCGUCCUCCUUUUUUCUUUUUCUCUUGUUGUUUUCUUUAAGGAAAAGAAAAAUGACCGUGGAAACUUUUUUGUUUCCCCCCUAGAUGCUUUGCUUUCUAUUCGUUUCGUUCUAUCUACCUACUUACAUAUUUAUCUACCUAUCUUGUGGGAAAUUCCUUUUCUCGUUUUUUUCUUUUUCAACUUCUUUCCCACCCCAUCCUAUUCCAGCGGGACUACCUUGUUUGUUUUGAUUUUCAUUCCGAGCAAAAGAAAGCGGUUUAAGAGAAUGAUUUUGAAUGGUUUGUGUAGUAAAUGUUGGCAUGAUUCUGUUUUCUUUUUCUUUUCUUUUUCUUUUAUAUACAUAUGGCUUGGGAAUAUUUGAUCGUUAUAUAUUACUAUUGUUGGUAGGAGUUUCUUAUUGUUAGUUGUUUAUAUUCUCUUUUCUCUUUCUCUUUCUUUUUUCUAUUGUUCUGCUUUGCGUUUGCCUAAAAGAACUAUAUACAACAACUCUUUCAAGUUUCUCUUGCUCUCUCUUUUCUUCUUCUCUCUUUUCUUUCCGAUUCCUUCUCUGGCAAUCACUCAAACAAUAAGAAGUGUAGAUAGAUUUGCUGCGCACUUUUUUUUCCCCUUUCCAUUUAGUUCCUGAUUAUUCCCUUCUAUAUGCCUGCCAUGCUCAUCUUUCUACCUACUACUACCCUUCAAGCAGCAAAGCAAUUCGACUUGAAGCAAAAGUCGAAUCGAGCAGGAUCAUCGUACAUACAUGCAAGUGAGGAGGAGGGUUAGCGGGGCUUUGAUCAUCUUCUUGAACUCUAUGGCUCAUGACAGAUGUAGAAACUAUGAUGAUAAUAAUAAUAAUAAAAUGAUAUCCUAAUCACCUCCCAGCCAGUCCAAUCCUGUGUGUUGCCCAAUGAAAACAAGAAGGGGGAACAGAGGUAUUUAUUGUACACAGUACAGCGCAGCUGCG